GAAUUCAAACUCAUUGAGAGCAGUCCACAAUCAGACUUAAACACAAAAGUUUCAUGAACUUCCCGUACAUUCAAAUUCAGUUCGCAUUGCUUUGCUUCUGGGCAACAACUGCUGUUCAUGCCGAUCCACUGAUAAUAAAUCUUCCAAAUGGCAAACUACGCGGACGCGAUAACGGUGGCUUCUACAGCUACGAAUCUAUACCAUAUGCUGAGCCCCCACUGGGAGAACUUCGAUUUGAGACACCUCAGCCAUACAAUCGGCAGUGGAAUGAGAUCUUCAAUGCUACCGAAGCUCCAGUGCUCUGCAUGCAGUGGAAUCAGUUCAUAGAAGAAGAUGAUAAACUGGCGGGAAGCGAGGAUUGUCUCGUAGUCAGCAUCUAUAGGCCGAAAAACCCAAGUCGUAAGACCUUUCCUGUUGUGGUGAACUUGCAUGGCGGAGCAUUUAUGUUUGGUGGAGCAGCUCCUUACGGACAUAUGGAAUUGAUGGCGAGCGGCAAUGUCAUAGUUGUGAAAAUUAAUUAUCGGGUGGGACCGAUGGGAUUCCUUAGUACCCUUGAUGCGGAUUUGCCAGGAAACAUGGGACUGAAGGAUCAACGCCUGGCGCUUCAAUGGAUCAAGCAGAAUAUAGCUCAAUUUGAUGGCAAUCCAGACAACAUACUUGUAACUGGUCAUUCAGCUGGUGGAGCCUCGGUUCAUUUGCAUAUUUUAAAAGGCGACCUCCAUGAAUUGGCGAAGGUUGCGGUGUCUGUCAGUGGAAACGCUCUAAAUCCAUGGGUCUUCCAAGGUGGAACAGCUCGACGAUCUUUUGAACUGGGCCGCAUUGUAGGAUGUGGGCUAUUAAGCAGCUCCAAACAACUUAAGAAUUGCUUACAAACUAAGGAAGCUGCUCAAAUAGUCCGCGCUCUGAGUCAGAUGUUUGUCCUUGAAUACACGCCAUUUUCUCUGUUCGGACCAGUUGUUGAGCCAGCUGAUUCUAAAGACGCUUUCAUCACCCAGCAUCCCAUUGAUAUAAUCAAAAGUGGCAGAUUCUCACAAGUUCCUUGGCUAACAUCCUACACCAAGGAAGAUGGAGGAUAUACCGCGGCUACUCUGUUGGCAAAACAAUGCAACGGCAUUGAAAUUAUUGAUGAAUUAAAUCGCCGCUGGAAUGAUCUUGCGCCACAUUUCCUAUUCUACCGUGACUCUUUUAAGAGUAUCAAUGAAAUGGAUAUUUACUCACAAAACCUGAGACAACAGUAUCUGGGUAAUCAUAACUUUAGUGUGGAUAAUUACUUAGAUGUGCAGCGCAUCUUUACAGACGAACUUUUUAAGAACGACACUCAACUUGCAAUCAAUAUGCAUCGUAAAUAUGGAAAGAGUCCAGUCUACGGCUUUGUCUACGAUAAUCCCGCAGACACUGGAGUUGGUCAAUGGCUGGCAAAACGCAAUGAUACUUUUCUAGGCACUUUACAUGGUGACGAUUACUUUUUGAUAUUUGGAAAUCGAAUUCGACAGCCUCGCCUCGAUGAGGAUGUAAUAUCAAGGAAUCUAAUUAAGAUGCUAGAAAAUUUUGCUCAGACUGGUGCUUUGAUAUACGACAAAUGUGUGUUUCAAGAUAAUGUUGGACAGAAACAAUUCCAAUUGAUGUCCAUUCAGCGAGAUAAGUGCAUUCAAUUACAACUAGAUGAAUUUCCAUAAGUGUGGACACUUAAAGUUACAAUUUAACAAGUGUUAUAUAUAUUGAAUUAAAAGCAAUGUAUUUUUUGAUG